AUGCAAGAAAAAUGUCGAUUAUUGAUUUUUUGUUGGAUUUUCGCGCGAUUUUCGGUGAACGCCGACGAAGAAUUCAAUAUUGGUGGGUUUUUUGAGAAAAAACGUGACCUAGAUAAUUUUCCGCUGAUUUUCCCGAAAAAUCAGUAUUUUCGACUUUUUGUUACCUAGAAAUGCCGCUUUUUUUAAAGGCACAACAUCAAUGGCGGGAACUUUUCCGUUCGAACAUCUACGCUACGCAAUUCAUCGCUGGAACACUGAAAAUGGAGCUCACACCCAAAUCACCUUCAAUUUAACCUCUCCAGACUAUCCUAGCCGGAAUUAUGAGGAUCGAGGUAAGAAACAAAGAUGGUUUUUGUGAAUUUUUGAUAAAUUUAACCCCAAAAAACUCACUUUUCACCAAAAACUCGAUUUUUACCCUGAAAUUUUCGAUUUUAAUAGAAAUAUAGCUUUUCUGCAGGAUUUCAAGCAGAUUUUGAACAACUAAACAACAAAAAAUCUUGAAAAACGUGUUUAUUUCCAUCAAAAACAAGAAAAAUAACAUUUUCGAAACAAACAAAAAAAACAAAAGUAAAACAACGAGACUCCGCUGUGCGCGUUGUUUAGCGUAAAUCACAAAUGCGCCAAAAAUAAUUUUCAAAUAAUUCCAGUCUGCAAUCUGUUCCAAAAAGGUGUGGUGGCAAUAAUUCUAUCAAAUGAGCAAGAUGAAAAAGACACGCAACUCAUCAAAUCAAUGUGCCAUUUUCAUCAUGUAAGCCAGGAUUUUAGAUAAGCCUAAAUAUAAGAUAAAGCUUGAUUUUUACAGAUUCCAUGCAUUGCUUUGCAAGCCACCUCGAUUCAGGAUUCGAUUUCGGAUUUUGUGACAAUGAUUGGACCAUCAAGAGGGUCAGGUAUGGUGAUUUUUGGCGGGAAAUUUGAAAUCGCUUGGGGACUAGGUUUCCAAUCAUGAAAAAUCUAGUCCCCCGCUCAAAUUCCACCAAAAACAUGAUCAAUUUCAGGAGCGCGAGCCACGGCGGAAUUUCUUGACUCAAUGCGUUGGACCAGCUUCUUGUUGGCUUAUCAAGAUGGAAGCGAUUUGGAAGAUCUGAGCCCUCUAAUGCAAUAUAAACAAAUUGCCGAGACGGGCGGCCGAAAGUUGCUGAUAAAAGUUCGACGACUUCCGAACAACACGGCCGAUUAUGAACCAUUUUUAAAGCAUGUUAAGACGAGGCUGAAACAGACGAAUAUUGUGAGUUUAAGCUGAAGCCUAUGCAUAUUUAGACUCAAAAAUUCCCAAUUUUUACAGAUUAUCCACUCCAACAACAUCACAAUUCUAUAUCAUUUAUUGGAUCGAGCACGUGGUUUAAAUAUGGCCGAACCUCCGUUUUCCUAUGUUUUCACUAACACUGAUUUAUCCCUGCUGGAAGAUUUUCUCAACAAUAAUUCCCCAAAAAACGAUCCGAUUUUCACGUGUAACAUAACCGGGCUACAAUUGGUUAAGAAUGAUCCGAUGAUGAAAACGCAACUUGCGCUAACUUCCGAGGCGAUUUAUGUGAUUGGUAUGGCGAUUUAUCGAUUGAGGGAGUUUGGACAUGCGCCAAGACAGGAGAAGUUGGAGUGUGGGGGACAUAGUCAAUGGGUGGAUGGGGCGAUUUUGAAUGAUGGGAUUAGAAAGGUGAGGUUUCUAGCUAGAAAAUGAGCAUUUUUAGCGCAAAUCCGAGGUUUCUAGCUCAAAAAUGAGCCAUUUUAGACAAUUUUUGGAUAAGUUUCAGAUUUUUAACCUUAAUAUGAGAAAUUCUCCUAAUCUCUUCACUUUUCGAUUUAACAGAAGCAAGUUUCACUAAUUUCAGUCAAUUCUCAAUAUUUUAAUUGGAAAUCUGAGGGAAAUAGCUCAAAAAUGAGCCAUUUUCACCCAAAGUAUAACCUGAGAAAUCCAUUUUUGCAGCUAAAAGUUGCCAAUCAGUUGACUGGCGAUGUUCGAUUUCGGCCAAAUGGUGAACGCGACGAAAUUAUGUAUCAUGGAGUUGGAAGAAUUGGCAACAAAUUUGUGAAGGUAGGAGUUGGGUGGGGUGAUUUUUGA